AUGGAUCAAUCACCGGGAGGUUUUGGUGGUAGCAAUGCAACUCCAAUAGAGGAGAGUGGUGAUGAACAAGUGGAACAAUUAGUGGGGGCGCAACAUCUAGAAGACAUUAAAGAUGUUGAAGUCGAAAUUGUUUCCGAACAAAAUGUCAACACCACCGGACAAAGGAAAAACCAAUCAUUGAGCAUAGCUAAAGACAAAGCACUUGUAUCGGCCUACAUAAACGAAGGGGGUGACGUAGUGAGAGGAACCAAGACAAAGAGAAGUGGGUUAUGGGUUGACAUCUAUAACCGCUACGAAUGUUCUAGAAUAGAAAACCCCGAUGAAAUAAAGGUAAGAAACAUUAAAUCUAUGCAAAGUCGCUGGGAUCAUAUCAAUUUACAUUGUAGUAAAUGGGUAGAUGCAUAUGGUUAUCAUUAUCGAACCAAGGGUAGUGGUGAGUCCAAGCAAAAUUUUGAGAAAUUUGCUCACAAAGAUUACUACGCAACUAACAACAAGAUUUUUUGUUUAUUGCACUGUUUUGAGGACUUGAGAAAAUUUCCAAAAUGGGAUCCAUCUUUGGCCAAAGAUCAAUUAACUAUGUUACCCAGUGGCCAACAAACGUCAACCGAAAGUGGGGGAAGCAGUAAAAGAUCACAACCUGAUUCACUAUCCGAGGUUGGAGGAAGAGGUAAAAGACCAGCUGUCAUAAAACAAACAAAGAUGAAAGGUAAAACAUCUACUACUUCAACUUCAAGUAUAAAUCUUGAAGCAUUAAACACAAAUUUUAACGAAGUUGGUGAUAAGUUGAAUGAAUUGGGUGGGCGACUUCUGGAUCAGUUGAAGGAAAGAGAUGAAAUUAAAAAAGCACAAGUUGAAGAAAAGAAAAGGCAAAAGGAUGAGGCCAUGAAGUUUAGAAUGUUAGAAAGAUUGAUGCAGAAGCCCGUUCUUGAUGAAUUUGAAUUAGAAAUGUAUAAGAAACUUAGAGAUGAAUUCAGUAGUAGAUUUUCGAUUUGA